AUGCAAUUGGUUGUUGGGAUUGCAUCAAGCUGUUUGGGAUUAUUUUUAACAUGGAAAGUACCAGAGCUGGAGUUUAUGGAAUGUGCAUAUAUGUCAGGAAUACCGUUGAUUAUUUCUGGUCUGAUCGGUACUUGUAUAUGCUUUCGUCAUCGAAUCCCAGCGAUUUCACCAAAGUUUAUGAAUAUUAUACAAGUUGUUUCUGGUGUUCUUUCUUUCAUAUGUUUCAUUAUAUGCCUUGUAACAAGUAUAUACGCAGGACAGAAGGGUAGUUUAAUUGCAUCUUAUGAUAACACCUGCAGAGCGAUCUCCAUACAGCAACAGCAACUGCACCAACAACAACAGCAGCAUGAAGCUGAAUUCAAUCAGCAAAUAACCACAGUCAACUCUACGCAUUUAACAGCACCACCACCACCACAACCAACAACAACAAUAACAACAAAACUUAAUAAUUCUUCAAAUAUUCUCAAUUUCAUUGAACCAUGUUGUUAUGAAAUUGUUAAAAACACUUGUCAAUGUUUUACUAUACACGGUCAGUGUUCAGCUACAUAUAAUAAUCUACCAUGUCGAUUAUUAUUCUCGUCAAUUAAAGAUUAUAUCAUAUUACAAUCAGCGUUAAUGGCUGUUGGUUCAGGUGUUUCAUUAUGGGCAACAUUAUUAUUAAUUGAAAAUAAAUUUAAAAAUCUUUUAAAAAGUAAAUAUGCUCGGUUGAGUAUUUCAUCGACAAGAAGUUCAGUUCCUGAAACAUAUAUCAUCACACCACUGGAAGAAAGAACCAAUAGUAUAGAUUUUAUAGAAACAAAUGGUACAAUCAAUUAA